GCCUGAGGGUCGGGAGCGGUCAGUUACCUGGCCAAAGUACACAGCUCCUAGGGUUAUUAGCCAGGGUGCCAGAGAUCAGAUGAUCUUGGUGUUGACAAAGUUUCCCAGGCUCCUGGGGACAUGUUACUGGCGAGAUGCCGAGAAAGCGGCGCUAGGACCCCUAGGCAGAGCCGGGGUUAGGUAGGCAAGGGGGAAAUGCCUUACAUGGUCCCCCACGGUCACCAUGUGAGCCCGCCGCCCAAAAUAGCCCUUGGCACGAGCGGGCUUGCCUCAUGGCGGGGAGAUGGCUGCUGCCUCCGAACCCGUAGGGUUGGGUGACCCACGGGGUCCUGCGCGCCCGGAGCCCCCUCCCACCCGCUUCCAUCAAGUUCACGGAGCCAACAUCCGCGUGGACCCGUCGGGAACGCGAGCCACACGCGUGGAGAGCUUUGCCCACGGUGUGUGCUUCAGUCGCGAGCCCCUAGCCCCGGGCCAGGUAUUCCUAGUGGAGAUAGAGGAAAAAGAGCUGGGCUGGUGCGGGCAUCUGCGUCUUGGCCUGACCGCUCUGGACCCUGCCAGCCUGGCCGCUGUGCCCGAGUUUUCACUGCCUGACCUGGUCAGCCUUGGUCACAGCUGGGUCUUCGCUAUCACACGCCACCACAACCGCGUGCCCCGGGAGGGUCAAGCAUAUGUAGAGUCAGCGGCCCCCAGCCGCCCCCAAGCCCUCUUGGUUGAACCCUAUCUGCGCAUCGAGCAGUUCCGAAUACCCCGGGACCGCCUGGUGGGCCGCAGCCGGCCAGGGCUCUAUAGCCACCUCUUGGAUCAGCUCUAUGAACAAAAUGUGCUGCCUCCUACAGCGCGCCGUAGCCGCCUGGGUGUUCUCUUCUGCCCACGUGAGGAUGGGACCGCCGACAUGCACAUCGUCAUCAACGGGGAAGACAUGGGUCCCAGUGCCCGAGGGCUGCCAGCUGCCCAGCCCCUCUACGCUGUGGUAGAUGUGUUUGCCUCCACCAAGAGUGUGCGCCUGGUCCAACUGGAGUAUGGCUUCCUCUCUCUACAGUGCCGUCCCUGCAAACUCUGUGCCGUCUAGUGAUCCAGAAGAGUGUGGUGCACAGGCUGGCCAUUGAUGGGCUCCACCUGCCCAAAGGACUGAAGGAUUUCUGCAAGUAUGAAUGAAGGCCUGUGGUCACCGGAGCAGAGCCACAGAAGUGCCAUCCUGCCUCCAGAGCAGUGGCAGAUCCGAAACUGGCCACAUGGUUAAUGAUCAGGGUCAGAAAUAAAUAGCCAAUGUUGAUGUUCUGA